GGCUUGUCUCGGUUUAGUCGCGGUCGGGAGAAUCUGAACUGUGGACGGGUUUGGAGCGAGAAGGACGAAGGUCUCCUCCGACGCUAAAGCCAUGGCCAGAGACCUCAGCCUGCUCUUUUUCGCCUUCGCUUUCUGCAUCUCUUCCCUGGAAGCCACCCAAAAGGCUCCCAGCGUACAAGUCUACUUCCGCCAUCCUGCGGAGAAAGGGAAGGAGAACACUUUUCAUUGUUAUGCAGAGAGCUUCCAUCCUCCCAAAAUCAAUAUUACUCUUCUGAAGAACGGCAUCCCGAUGGAGAACGUGCAGCAGUCCGACCUUUCCUUUAAGAAGGACUGGACCUUUGAGCGCCUGGUCUAUGCUAAAGUCAUUCCUGAUGGGAAGGCGGAGUUUGCCUGCAAAGUGGAGCACAUCACCCUGCCCCAGCCAAUGAUUUACAAAUUGGAUCAAGAGUACUAAACGGAUGAUCCCAGAAGUAAGGUUUGAAAAGCUUUGCUUUUAAGCACGCUGCCCAAUCGUUCCUGCUUGCAUCAACGUGCUACUGAUGUGUCCGCCUUUCCAGUAGAUCCUCCCAUUAGGCAAGACUGAAGAUUGCAUUGGAGACUUGCUCUAUCAUGGCUUGAUUGUAACGUUCAGAUUAUUGACAAUUUGGGCUUUUAAAAAAUCUAAUUUUUGCUCAUCUGCCUAAAUUACUAUCAUGAAAGUUUGCUUCCUUUUCUGGCAGAAAUAUAUAGUGAAAUAUUGGAAUACAUUACAUAUGUAGACUUGUUUUACAGAUUGGUGAUGGAUUAUUUCUUGUUUGGCAUUAUCUGAAAUGCGCAAUGAUUGGAAUAAAGUACAGUUAAUAACA